AUGGCGGCCGCCUGCGGCAAGUGGCACACGGCGCUGGUGCUGGACGACGGCGAGGCGCUCCUCUUCGGGAGGAACGACUACGGCCAGUGCGCUCUGCCCGCCGAGCGCCUGCGCGGCCGCAGGGUGACGCAGGCCGCCUGCGGCAGGAGGCACACGGCGCUGGUGCUGGACGACGGCGAGGCGCUCCUCUUCGGGGAGAACAACUUCGGCCAGUGCGCUCUGCCCGCCGAGCGCCUGCGCGGCCGCAGGGUGACGCAGGCCGCCUGCGGCUGGGACCACACGGCGCUGGUGCUGGACGACGGCGAGGCGCUCCUCUUCGGGGGGAACGCCUACGGCCAGUGCGCUCCUCUUCGGGUGGAACAACUACGGCCAGUGCGCUCUGCCCGCCGAGCGCCUGCGCGGCCGCAGGGUGACGCAGGGCCUCGACGACGCGGGGCCCGUGCAGCUGGCGCCGCCGCACCUGGACGGGGCCGCCCAGCGGCCUUCGGCGCCGCAGGCGUCCGGGGCGCCGCAGGCGUCCGGGGGGCAGGCGUCGCAGGCGCGCGCUGUGAAGACUGA